CCCGCCGGGACAAAGCCAUGAAGCCGGCGCUCCUGGAAGUAAUGAGGAUGAACAGGAUCUGUAGGAUGGUUCUGGUCACUUGCGUGGGAUCUUUCGCCCUGGUCAUCUUCUAUUUCCAAAGUAUGUUGCAUCCAGUCAUACGUAGGAAUCCAUUUGGGAUGGACAUCUGUUGCCGGAAGGGGUCACGAAGCCCGUUGCAGGAGCUCUACAAUCCAACCCAGUUGGAAUUAUCCAGCACGGCCAUCCUUCAUCAGAUCCGGAGGGAUCAAGUCACAGAUACAUGCCGAGCCAACAACAUGUCCAGCAGAAAGCGCCGUGUGCUGACGCCCAAUGACCUCAAACAUUUGGUGGUUGAUGAGGAUCAUGAAUUGAUAUAUUGCUAUGUACCCAAAGUGGCCUGUACCAACUGGAAGAGAGUCAUGAUGGUCUUGACUGGGAGGGGCAAAUACAGCGAUCCAAUGGAGAUACCAGCCAACAAAGCCCAUGUCUCAUCAAAUCUGAAGACACUCAACCAGUACAGCAUCCCAGAGAUCAACCAUCGCUUGAAAAACUACAUGAAGUUCCUGUUUGUCCGUGAGCCUUUUGAGAGACUGGUGUCAGCCUACAGAAACAAAUUCACCCAGAAGUACAACACCUCCUUCCACAAGAGAUACGGUACCAAAAUUGUGAAACGCCAAAGGAAAAAUGCAACCCAGGAGGCUCUGCAUAAAGGUGACGACGUGAAAUUUGAGGAGUUCGUGGCUUAUCUCAUAGACCCCCACACCCAAAGAGAAGAGCCCUUCAAUGAACAUUGGCAAACUGUCUACUCUCUGUGCCACCCUUGCCACAUCCAUUACGACCUCAUAGGGAAAUACGAGACCCUUGAAGAGGAUUCCAACUACGUCCUUCAGCUUGCAGGAGUAGGAAACUAUCUCAAGUUCCCCACCUAUGCAAAGUCUACAAGAACUACUGAUGAAAUGACCACAGAGUUCUUCCAGAACAUCAGCGCAGAGCACCAAACACAGCUCUAUGAAGUCUACAAACUUGAUUUUUUAAUGUUCAAUUACUCAAUGCCAAGCUACCUGAAGUUGGAAUGAGUUGUGGAGGAGAGCCAGAGAGAAAGAGAGAGAAAGAUGAAACCUAUUUUAUUUAAGAUUUUUAUUUGUCACAAUUGCAUAUGAAGAAUGGGGUUGUUUUGUAAGUUAAUUUUUUUUCCUUUUUGAAUGAUGCUGCGAGCAGCACGCUUGGAAAUGUAUUAUUUAAAUUGCUGGUGAGAAAGGACAGCUCUGUUUGCAGGGUAGGGAAAUGGCGGCGACAGUAGCUCUAGAUGUGACUAGUAAGUGCUACACUGUGUGGGGAAGAAACAUGUUGUUUGUAUCCUGAUGAAUUUCUAUUCUUUUGCAUUCUUCAUCAAUCCUAGCCUUUAUGUUAUUUAUGCUUAUUUAAGAACACAAUAGAUUCCUCUUAAGAAACUGAAAUAUGACACUGUGUGGACAAAGAAAACACGUUUCUUGUGCUCUCCUUGCUGGAGUCUGCCUCUGUUCCUAAUGUCUCUUCAUUACUGAAUGUUUCACUAAUGCUGGUUAUUUGCAUAUUUUUGGAAACAUUGGAAUGGGACUGGCGGAGAGGCUUAGCUGAAACGUAUUUUGAAGCCUCCCGAUUCUCUGGUUCAU